AUGAUAAAUGGCGGGAGAUGCAGGAGCAGGCUGUUUCGACAAUUCGUGUGUCUGGCAGACGAGGCGAUGCUUCAGGUGGAAGAUCUUACUACUUGUAAGGAGAUCUGGGAGAAACUGGAGAAUAUGUACAUGUCAAAGUCGUCGUCCAGCAAGUUGCAUCUCAAGCAGCGUUUGUACGGGAUGAAGAUGUCAGAAGGAUCCGAUCUGAUGCAGCAUGUCACUACAAGCGUGAUUGUCCAAACAAGGGCAAGAACAAAGGAGGAAAGUCUGAAUGUUGCGCAGCGGGAUUCUGAUUCAGGGGAUAGCGAUCUAUAUGCUGUCAUGUUAGGUCAUCAUGCAGAUUCUUGGGUGAUGGAUACAUGUGCGUCAUUUCAUAUGACUUCUAACCGGGAGUGGUUCGAGACGUACAAGGAGGGAAAUAUGGGAGCAGUUCAGUUGGUGGAUGACAGAGUCUGUAGCAUUGUUGGUAGUAAUUCUAUCAAGUUUAGGAUGCAUGACGGGGUCAUCAGGACACUUACUGAUGUUAGACAUGUUCCUGCUGUCAAGAAGAAUCUGAUAUCUUUGGGUACUCUUCACAGAAACGGAUUUAGGUAUCAUGCAGUUGAAGGAGAAGACGUUCUGAAGCGGAGGUCUCUGAUCAGACAGCACGGCCCUCUGGCACAUGCGCAUGGGGCAUAUUGGUGGCAUGGGUUGAAUGAGCUCCACAAGAGGGGUCUGCUGGGAGGUAUGAAGAAUUGCAAGAUGGAUUUUUGCAAGUUCUGUAUGAUGAGAAAACAGUCCAAGAUGUCUUUCAAGACAGGUCUACACACGACAAAGGGUCUUCUAGACUAUGUGCAUUUUGAGAUGUGGAGACCAACUUGUGAGCACUUGAGACACCCCAAACCCGGAUAA